AUGUCCAUUGAAGAAAGGAAAAUAAGUUUGAUAAACAGGACGACUUCGUUAAAUCCUAACGCGGUAGAAUUUGUUCCUUCAUGCCUUAGAUCUGUGAGUGAUGCUUCAAACAGAUCGGACACAACCAAGAUUCCUGUCUCAGAGUCCUCCAAGGAAAUCAGCACAGACCAACCAGAGUCCGUACCAAGCAACCCUGAUGAAGAAGCACACCGGUAUUGGCAACAACAGCUUCCAGAUGAUAUCACCCCUGAUUUCAACGUUCUUGGCCAAGAUGAGACUCCUGGACCUGACAGUCUUUCACUCACGGGCCUCUCAAUGAAUGAUGGCUUUGGUGCUUCAUUAUUUUCUCCAAACCAGACAUCAAGAAUGCAGCACCAUGCUUCUCCAUUUGUUAGGGACACGCUAAGUACACGAGCGAAGUUUGAAUUUCCUGGCCAAGAACAGCCGCAAGCUACUAUUAUGAGUCCCACUGCAAGUACUAUGAGUCCAACUGCUGCUCCAUGGGUAAAGACAGUAAGAAAUGGUGGUCAAUAUGGUACAAACAGAAGGGAUGCUAGUCACUACGAUGGAGAUUCUAGCAUUGGAUCCCCACUGCAGUCUGAUGCUUAUUACAGAAACCGGCGUAGCUUUAGGUCAAGUAUGGACAGCAUGACUCAGCUGGAGAGCAGCAAAAGUCUUGAUAUGUUUAAAAAUGGUCAUGAGAAUAAAGUUGAUGGACGACUCAAUCAGAAUCUCAGGUCACUGUCAUUUGGACAUUCAAGUCCCCCAUCACCAGUAUCAUAUGCUCAAAAUGGUCUUGCCAACUAUAACAAAGAGGCUUUUGGUCUGCCGAACAGUCCAUACAGAUCUCAUUCAGCCAUACUCACAGAUGAUAUAAUUUCACCUUCAGCUGGCAGGGAACGUUUAUCCCUAGAUUCUCCAAGGGGGAGGUACAAGACAACUAAUUUGCCUGUUACUAGUCUUGGUUCAAGCAGAGGCUCUCAUCUGUUGGCUGGCUCAUACAAUGGUAAUCAUGAUAUGCUCUCAAACAACACACUGCAAAACAUUGCUGGAGUUCAAACGGGACAAACUUGGCUCGACACAGAUGCUACGGCUAACAUGUUUUUGGAAAAGGAUGAAGUUCAUGAUUUUGCAAGUCUAAGACAUGCACUUCUUGAACAGGAUAGACAAGCUUUUCUAACUGGUGGCAAUCCUUUAGCAAAGGAACUAAAUAUUAAGGAGCUGUACUCUAUCCAAAGCAGAUUAGCUCAGGAGAAGGCUAGAGAAAAUAUAUAUCAACAGAGAUUCCAGAUGCCAGAGUUGCAAGGCCUCAUCCAGGAGCAGAAUCCCGCGAUCGAUCUUUGUGGUCUUCAUGCAAGUGAGGCGAUGCACGUCCUGAACAACGAACUCAACAACCGGAGGAAGAUCGCCCGUUCCACGGGCCGCCGGCUCCAGGCCAUCAUUAUCUCUAACCCCCGUACCCCUGCGAGGCUGACCGCCGCCAUCGAGCAGUACCUCCUGGAGCACGGCCUUCAGUACACGCAGGCACAGCCGGGCCUCUUCCGCGUCCUGCUGCAGUGA